GCGGGGAGGGCUUCGCGCGGGCGGCGGGGCAGCGGCCGCGGCUCCGCUCAGCAAGAGGCGGGGCGGCCCUUCGGCCCGGCUUGGCCCGCAGGCGCGGCCUCCUCGCGAGCGGGUUCGCCUGAGGAGCGCGAGGUGGCCGGGCAGGCCGCGCCGGGGACGCUCUGCCGAGACCGCUUCGCCGCGGGGCUCUUGCCGUACGUCUUGCUAUGAGUACGCCAGAAAUAAGGAAGAAUCGGGUCAUAGAAGUCAAAUUUGUGGCAGAUGAAGAUGUUCUGCAGCACAUUUCUGAGAAUGCUGGUUUUAAGGUUCAGAAGAACAAAGUUCCACCUAUACUUGAUGUAAAAAGAUGGAUGAAGGAGACGGGAAGCAGCUCAGAAGAGGAGACGCAGGAUAUUUUUGAAGAGCAGGACUAUGUGUCUGUUCUAGGGAUGGGCGUCAAAGGGUCUUUGAAAAAUGGUUCGGGUGCAGGUGGUAGUGAGGUCUUCCCGUUCCAAACUCCAAAGCAUUCCAAAAUGAUGGCAGAGAUGGGUUUUUUAUACUGUAUUACUGAAUUGCACACGUCAUUUCUGAUCUGGGAAUUCUUCUCGUUUGAAGCCUCUGAGCUGGCUCGCAAGUCAGGCAAGGAUGCGAAACGUGACACACUGAAGAAGGCCGAGAAGAGAGAGAGCUGCCCCCAAAGCAGCAGCAAGCACUCUGCAUCAAGCAAAGGCCAGGUGGAGUGUAAAAAGAAUGAGUUCGUGUCAAAAACCAUUUAUGGACUCAGGAAAAGAAUCACAGCUUUAAACAUGUGCUCUGAGAGUGAAAGUGAUUGUUCCUCUUCGGACUCGGAAAAGGGUAGUGAUGAUGAUUGCAAAGAAAGUUCUGCUGAACAACUUCAUCAACAAACACCCACCAUACCACAAACGACCAUGACUUUAACCAGCAACAAACCACCAGUUAAGAAGCUGAAGAAAGACAUUUCUAGCAAUUUGGUGGAAGAGUAUUUUGAAGCACAUAGCAGUUCCAAAGUUGUAACCUCUGACCGAACACUUCAGAAGCUGCAGAGAGGAAAACUGGAUCAGGAGACCCUGCAAAGCACCUUAAACAAAGUGCCAACUGCUUUUGCUGCUGAACGUGAAGAGUUAAACAGGCGACACGAAUCCCUCUUUUGCAAGUGGAUAUUACAAUUGCACUUGGGCUUCAAUAUUGUGCUUUAUGGGCUAGGUUCAAAGAAAAAUCUUUUGGAGAACUUCCGUAUGUCACUUCUUCAGGAUUCGGUUCAUAUGGUGGUGAAUGGGUUCUUCCCCAGUAUCACUGUGAAAUCGAUUCUGAAUUCCAUAACGGAGGAGGUGCUGGAUCACAUCGGCACUUUUCGCAGCCCCCAGGAUCAGUUGGACAUGAUCAUGAAAAGAUUUAAAGAAGAUCCUUCCUUGGAGCUCUACCUGCUCAUCCACAACCUGGACAGCCAGAUGCUGCGAGGAGACCAAAGCCAGCACGUUCUGGGGCAGCUGUCGUCUCUUCCCCGUGUCUACCUCAUGGCUUCUGUUGAUCACAUCAAUGCGCCGCUGAUGUGGGAUCAGGCAAAGCAAAGCCUAUAUAACUGGUUAUGGUAUGAAACAACCACCUAUAGCCCUUACGUUGAAGAAACAUCCUAUGAGAACUCCAUCCUGAUCAAGCGAUCUGGGGCUUUGGCUCUGAGUUCCCUCACGCAUGUCCUGCACAGUCUCACUCCUAACGCAAGGGGUAUUUUCAGGCUUCUGGUGCAGUAUCAGCUGGAAAAUAAAGAUAACCCCUCCUACCCAGGGAUUGCCUUCCAAGAUUUCUAUCAACAGUGUCGAGAGGCCUUCUUGGUCAACAGUGACCUGACUCUCAGGGCUCAGCUUACCGAAUUCAGGGAUCAUAAGCUCAUUCGGACCAAAAGGGGUGCUGAUGGAGUGGAGUAUUUAUUAAUUCCCAUAGAUACUGGGACCUUGGUGGACUUUUUACAAAAAGAUACCGAAGUCUGAAGUCUCUCCUACCCUGUCAGAGCUGCCUUCAAGAACUGCUGCAUCACCUCAUAUCUCAGGAGUCUGUUAGUAACAAUGGAGUUAUUGUUACUGAGUCAGCAAAGCCGACUUAUAGGACUGCUUAGAUUUCCCGUUGUGGGUGACGACUUCUUCCAGUCUUUUUAACUCUAGACAAAGAAAAUGUCAGUCAUCAGUAGUAAUGUGCCUUUUAUUUGUACACCUGAUGGAAAAAAGGGCUUGACUGGAGUCACUUAUUGCCUGAAAACUUGCACUGUCUGGUUGCCGGUAGCAGCAGAAGAUGGAGAGAUUCCCAGCAAGGAGUCAUGUCUGCACAUGGACAAGAGAAAAAUAUGGACACCAGAGAUAAGGAUGUUUUAGAUAACAAAGUUUUAGCCUUAAUAAAAAUCUUGAGAGUAGAACAAAGUAUUUUACAAAAAAAGAUGUAAAGUUGCAACUUCUUGUUGGUGACAUCAGAAGUAGAGAGAUGAAAUAAUACUUUAUAUUUUUAAUUCUGCAGUAGUUCUGUUAUGCUGCGUCAUCAGUAACCUUUUGGUUAAUCGUAAUUGUGAAUGUGAUUGUCUGUGAGCUACAGAGUGAGUCCUGCGCUCUGGUUCUUCUACCCACAGAACUGUAAGGGAAAAAAAUAGACGGUCUACUACCUCGUUCAGUAAGUAGUAAAUCUGUCCCUGUUUUCCAGGCUGCAAGCCUGUUUGGACAGGGCACCUCUUUGUACAUGUUCUUUUGGGCUCCUAGUUUGUUAGGUACUCCAUGAGCUAUUGAGGUUUAGUAAAGUAGUAAUGUUCUGUUUUAUUUUCCUUGCUUGAAAAAAGGAGGGCUUUAAGUAAUCUAGUGUUGUUAACUUCCACUGACUGCCUUGCACACAUCCUCUUCUGCCUGAAGACUUGCUAAGGUUGAGCCAUCUUGCGGCUCUUUCCCCCUGGACCGAGUGUAAGAGUCCUGGGUAUGUUUUACGUAUGCAAGAGCUUAGUGAUUUGCAGUGACUACAGACAGCGUUUGGACCUCUUUGGAAGAAGUCAGGUGUUCAGCUCCUCCCUCUCCAAUGUGAAGCUUUAGUAGGUGAUCUUAGCUUAAGUUUCUUUUUCACUAAGGUACCUCAGACGAGCUUCAAUCCAAUGGGAUGGCUGCUACACAGAGACAGGGGUUGAACCUAUUUAUUCUCAAAGAGCUUUCUCCCACCUUAGGAAGCAAUGUAUUAUAGAAUCCAGUCCAUGCCAAUAAAACUUGGAAGUGUCAAUGAAAUAAAAA